UUAAACACUUACUCUGAAAUUCAUUGCUUAAAGGACUUUCACACAAGACCGUUCUCAAUAAAUCCAAUUAAUGAUUUUUUUAUCCAUUUAAAAACAUCAACAAAUGACCAAAAAAAAUACACAAAAAUUUAUCUAGUAUCAAAAAAUGCUUAAGCAUGCAAUGUCAUGCACGCCGAGUCAAUGAAAGUUCUCGCUCGUUGGUUGUAUUCUGUGACUAUGUGUCUAUUCACAUUUCAUACAUUUAUAAUUUUACACACAUCAUUCGUGCAUUUUUCAUAAAUAAAUUUGAUGACUUUUGCAAUAAUUUUAUUGCUGUUUAAAUUCUAUUUUCUUGUGCAUUAUUAGAAAAUCUGUCCAUCUGGAACUUAUCAUGAUCCAAUGAAAGAUAAAUGCAGGAAAGUACCUGGUGGAGGAGAAAUGAUCAAAAUUAAUAUAGAUGCUAAAUGUUCUGGUGGAUUUUUGGGUCUUUUGGCGCAUUCAAAAAAAUCUCGAUUUUAUUAUGUCUGCAAAAAAGAUGGAGUCUUGACAUGCAUGUGCAAACAAACAGAAAAUUUCAACAGAAUCAAACUUAAAUGCGAAGAUAAAAGUCAUAAAAAGGAAGGCUUGACACAUGAGGUUGUUGAUCAUAUUGUGGAUAAAUACAAAUGCUCUGUCAUGAAUGGAGUUUAUGAAGAAAAUGUGUUGUCCACUUAUGGAACAACAGAGUAUCCACAGGUAACUGGUCAAUCCAUUGAAGAUUUUGAUCGUGAUAGGAUCUCCCGACUCCAAAACAUCCUUAGAUAUUUAACAUUCAUAAGAACCAUCAACGAUCGCCCCCAAAGUUUUGAAUCAUUUGAAACGACACCAGCUCUAAUCACAUCUGCUCCAAUUACACCCCGUACAAUCAUAAUCGGACUUCAAAACCCACCAACAACUGAAUCAAUUCUUCGAAUGACUGGGCCACCUGAAGAUCCAAGGAAUAUCGAAAUAGACAUAGAAAAUUUCAGAAAAAAUUGGAACUUAGAUCCAACUACACCAGCUACAACAGUAUUACCAAAAAAUGCUAAAAUGAGUCCGAGAAUUUUAAAGACCACAACUUCGAAGGACGUUGAAAGUACCACAACUGAUAGUGAAAAUUCAAAUGCUGUCAAAACAAGAGUCUCAGAUGAGACAACAACUGUUAUGGAUACAAUAACUUCUACCGAGACGACAACUGUUCCAAAAUCAACUAUUUCAGCAGUAACAUCUACUAUUUUAGACACUACAACUGUCUUAGAAACAACAACUUUGAGUUUAGAGACUACAAGUGUAACAGAGACCACACUUAAAGGCAAAGAUAUUUCGUCAUCAACAUCAUCGGAAAAAGAACAAACAACGCAAGAAAGUGACGCAUUAGCUGAAAAGGAUGAAAGUUCAACUGUUGAGAAUGUUGAUGAAACGACAGGAAAAUUAGCAACUAGACUUGUUCCAAGAACAACGACUGAAAUGGGAGAAAGUGAAGGAAAAACUGCCUAUGUUGAUGAUGAAGAAGAUUCAAGCCUAGAAGAAUAUUUCGAAUACUAUUACGAGCAUGAACCAGAUAAAGUUUUGUGGAAAACAAAUAAGACAAAAGUUAAAGUCACUGGGAAAAAUUUCGAUGAUGAAGAUGAUGAUGGAUGGAGGAAGUUUGUUACCAUUACUGAAUCUUACAAUGAAAUUACACUUCCAAUUGAUGAAACUACAUUUGCAAGUGAAGAAACAACGGUGAUAAAUGAAGAAACCACAGUUUCUGAAGAUGUUGUGGAAACAACUCAAUCAACGACUACUGAGGAACCGGAAGAUAUUCUAAUGGACACAACAACAGAAAUUAUUGAGGAAACAACUUUAGCAAAUACAGAAGUUCCUUCAACAACUACAGAAAUUCUCACAACAACGAUUUUUGAAUCUGAAACAACAUCAGAAUAUCCACCGGAACCUCUUAUAAAAAGAUUUCAAGGAGAUUUAAAUUUUAAUGAUUUUGAGCCAGAAGAUUCAAAAUCAACAUCGACAACGACUGAAAUCACAUCAGAAUUUACAGAAACCUCAACAAUAACUCUUCCAAGCACAACAUUGACUUUUGAUGGAAUCACACCUCCAUCAACCAGAUUGUAUAAAUUUAUGACAACAAUAAAUCCUGAAACAACGACUAAUUUUGAUGCAACGACAACAGAAGAAGCAGAUUAUCAAAAAACAACAGAAUUAUCUUCUGCAAUAACUGAAUCUGCAACUUCAAAGUUCGAUAACUUAGAACUAAAGUCGUUUACAACAGAAAUUCGAACAACUGCAGAAAAUUCCGAAAUUGAAACGACACCAGCAAUGGAAAUCAUAUCAACAACUGAGGCUUUAACUUUAGGUCAAACAGAUACCACAACUGUUCCCACCACAGAUUUCUCAACUUUACAAACCGAAAGCUUAACAAUUUUGGAUUCAAUUACCACAAAAAUUCCUAGAUCAAUGAAAACCCGAGCAAAUACUGAAGCUACUACUUUAAAUCAUUUAGAAACUACAGAAACCACAACAAUAUCACUUCCAAGCACAACAUUAACUAAUGUUAAGCCUAAAAAAGUCAAGAAAGUGAAAGAAGAAAUCGGAAAGAAAAUCGAACCAACAUUAAAAAUACCACAAAAUUCAUUUACAGCUAUAAAACAAGAAAAGCCGAAAUCUGAAGAGUUUGAAUAUUAUUACACGUAUGAAGAAUAUUCUGUGGAUGAUGAUGGUAAAGAAAUUAAAGGCAUUGGAAGUGAAAUUGAUGAAAAAAAGAAGAAAAUAUUGACAAAGACUCGGCGGGAUAACUCAAAUGAGUAUUAUGCAGAGUCAAUAAGUGCAUCUCAUGAAGAUAGGAUAUCAAAAGUUAAAAAAGAUUAUGAUUACUUCUCAUUGUAAGUCUACUGUAGCUAUAUAUUAUGGAUCUGAUAGUUAAAAUUUAAAUAUAAGUGACAAUAUUUCUUGAAGUUAAUAAAUGAUUCGAAUAAAAGAUUAUUAAACAAAUUUUUGUGUCUUUGAAU